AUGAGAGAAGACAAAAGGAAGAGGGUACUGUCAUUUCUCGUUAUCAUUCAAUCCAUGACAAAACCUUUGUUGUAUGCUAAUGGUUGUAUGUCUGUGUGUGCAUUUGUACCGUUUGAUCUGUGCUAUUGAACUGCCAUUUGUAUUAUGAGAUGCUUCAAUAGUAUGCACAGUGAUACAUCAGUAAGACAUCAGAUACAUUCAUGGGGCUACUUCAAUAGCAUGUACUGUAUGUUUGACCCAUGACUCCUUUCCACCUCUGCUGUGUAGAGGCUUGACUCCUGGCUGAGAAAGAGGAGCAGGGGAGGCUGGAGAGAGAGAGGAAGGAGCAGGAGGAGCAUCAGAGACUGGAGCUAAAGGUGUUACCAUCACUGACCUUUAUCAUUCAUGGUUAUCGCUGUGUUUGUGUACGGAGAGGGCUCUUGAAGUUAAACCUGUCCAUAAUGUCCUAAUGAAAAAUAGUGAUCAUUGCUUGCUUUCUGUGACAGGACAAAGAUCGCAGAGAGGACAAGCUGAACGAACUGCGUCAUCUACUGGAAGAGAAACAGACUGCAGUCACCAAGUGGGAGACUGAGUCCAGAGAAAAAGCCAAGGUGUGUGAUUGUUCUAAAGCUCUGGCCUGACUUUUGUGUAGUUACUGAAGAUAUUUGCCCUGAUAGUCCUAGCCUUCAUGUUAUGGUUUUUAAACACCAUGUCCAAGAGACUACCAUAAUGGCAUGCCUUGGUAGACGUAGACAUAUAAACCAGAUGAGCCCUAUUUGACAUUGUUAAAAUCUGCUCUUAUGUUUCUCCCCAGUGGGACAGGUACAUGCGUUGUGAUGGGAGUCCAGACCCCUCAGUCCAGCAGGAGAUCAACACCUUCAUCAACCUGUGGAGGGAGGACCCAGAGGUCCAGAUCAAACCGGUUCUGAAGGAGUGUGCCCUGGCUCUACAGGUAGGUUUACUAUUAAACACCAGGGUCACAUUAAGGAGACAUGAAACAGGAGUAAACAAAGGUGAUUCUACCAGUUCUGAAUGUGUCCGAUAAGAACGCUCAUUUCAGUUUUGCAUUUGAAAACACUUGUUCCUGUUUGACCCCACUUAACGUGACCCAGUCAAGAGCACUUCUAUUUGAGACAUGUAUUGAUCUAUAAGGAUUCUACCAAAUGAAUGAUGAACAUAAACAUGGCUGCCCUUUAUCUCCGCCUGCAGCUGCUAGAGGAGCUGGAGGGUAUGCUGAGGGACCAGCCUGAACCAGCUGAUGCCCUGAGGUACCAGGAGACCCUGCUCUCCAUCCAGACUCUCAUCCAGUCUAAACAUGACCACACCACUGACGAGAUACUCAAGGUAGGGGUACUGAUGAUGUAUAAGACAUGCAGAAAACAUGUCUGCAAGUUUUGUAAUGUAAGAUGAGCAUGUUUUGCUGAUGUCUGUUUGUUUUUCACUGGCCACAGUGGGCGAAUGCUCACUCAGACAUUGAGACGGGGAACAUGCAGACAGUGGUCCAGGAUGACAACUUCACACUGUGUCUGUGGGCCAACCUCAACAAGAACCCAAGGCACGUCACAGACGUCGGUCUGAUUUUCAUUCUAUUCACUUCACACAAAUAGAGACUUUCUAUCUAGUCUCCUUGCUAACAGUCUGUUUAUACUCAAACCCAUUCUUAUGGAUGCGUUGGGUAAAGCGAAAACAGAACAAUUUAGUAUUUUCAAUUUGUGACAGUGUUUCUCUUUCUGUGGCUCUCCAGGUUUAAAGGGUUCCACUUCGAGGAGGUGGGGCUGGGCUUUGAGCUGCCCAAACAGCUGGCCGUCAGUGACAUCGCUGUGAGAAUCCUCCACACCCACUACGACCAUUUGUCUCACCUGGCCAACCUGAAAGGCCAGACCCCAUAG